GAAGUUGAUUUUAAGGCAACAGAAAAACCAUCGCAUGUAUCGCGUGUCUGUUCUUCAUAGCCAAACCAACCAGAGAGCCUUCUCUUCUUGCUUGUUCAUACGACUUGAUAAAUAUAUAUCUCAGUCUCAAACAAACAGUCCAAGUGUUAACACACCAUUUAAAUAUAAUAUUUAAUUAAUUAAUUAAUUAUUAUUAAUAAUAUUAAUUUCAUAUAAAUAUUGUACAUUUUUUUACAAGUUUUCAAGCUGUUAAUAAUUGUUGUAAUUUUUUUUUGUGUGAUUCGUUUAUUUCAACGUCAAGUGCCGGCAAUGUGUUGAAAAAAAAUAAUUGUCAAUAAUUUUAAAAAAUAUAAUUUCUGUUUUAAUUUAUAUUUGGAAUUUUUGCUUGAUAAAUAUUUUUACUGUGAUUAUAUUUUAGUGAAUAAUUAAUUUUUAAACGCAAAAAUUUGUCGCUCCAGUUGUCAUUGCGAGCGAAAUAUACACUGCGUAUAAAUUGUUCUGGUUUAGUUGGAUUUUUGCUGGAUAAUUGGCAGAUUAAACGAUAUUUAUGGUGAUUUAUAAAAUGCAGGAAUGAAGUUGAUAAUUUUUACACACAAUAAAUGUCGAUAUGACAAAAAUCCCAAAUGUACAAAAAAAAUCGACAAUGUCCCAAAUGCAGGCGUGUCCAAAUUUAACCUUGGCGUCAUCAAUUUACAAGGAAGCUUGACCCAAUUAUCACAAGUUAAUAAAUAAAUAUAUAAAAAAAGAAAUCAAGUAAAGAGAAAAAUAAAAAAUUAAGUAAAAUGUCGUGUUAUGAAGAUGAUGGUUUUCGUAUGAAUGAUGCCAUUUCAGUUUGUUCAAUAAAAAGUAAAGCAAUGAUUGAUUCUUUAUUUGAGGAUAGAGCAUCAAUAACAAGCUCAAAUUAUUCUGGCUGGUAUACAACUAUUAAUAAUUCAUCAAUAAAUAAUCAUGAUAAUUUACAAUACAAAAAUGGUGAUGAUGAAAAUAUGGCAAAUAGUGCUGUACAAGCUAGAAUUGAAGAAAUGUUUGCAUCAGUUGAAGCUGAAACGGGAAAAUCUGGUGAAACUGCAGCUUCAAUUUUAACGGUUGCAUAUCUUGGUUCAGCACCAGUUGGAGGACGAGUAGCAAGUGUUCGUGGUCUUCAAGAACCAUUACGUCAUCUUUUAGAACACAUGAAUAAUUCUAGACCAGCUGAACUUGAAGUAUCACGUCGUGGAUUAAUAUUUCGUCUUGAAAAUACACCAGAAAAAAUAAAUCCAUUUCGUAGAAUAGCUGUAUGGAGUGCUGUCCGUUUACACUCACGUCUUGUAUCAAAUAAAAAUGAUAAUUCAUUGUCAUCAUCAUCAUCAAAUUAUAAAUCUUAUUAUCAUGCAUUUCUUCCAUUAGUUGGUAAUGAAAGUACCCUAGAAUGUCAAGAUAAAUAUCAAGAUCUUUAUCGAACAAUGCGUGGUCUCCCAAAUGACGUCAAUAAAUUUCCACCAAUAUUUGCUGUUAUAAUGAGACGUCCAGGUGCAACAAGAGUACUUGAAUGUCAUGCAUUUGCAUGUAAAUCAUGUGAAGAUGCAAUUGCUGCUGCAGCAACACUUUACAAAGCAUUGCUAGCUGAUUUAGAAUCAAACUGUCGUCAUCCAAGACAAACAAAUGGUCUUGGCUGUGUUAGCUUAGCAUCAUGUGGAUCAAGCUACAUGGAUAAUCCAUCAACAAUAUCUAAAUUUAAUUAUUCAUCAAAAUGUCAAGCAGCACCUCCAAUAAGACCACCAAGAAGUAAAAAAAAUUCAUCAUGUUCAUCGGUAACUGAUGGUGAAUCAUGCAAAUCAAUUGUCAUGAAUAUUAGCAGCAAUAGUAACAUCAAUUUUGAUGAAAUAAAAUCAAUAAAAAAUAAUAAUUCAACAAAAAUAAAUAAAAAAGAAUUAAAAUCAUCAAAACAUACAUUUGAAGAAUCAAAUUCAAUACGUAGUAUGUCGGAAAAUACAAAAUCUCAACGUUAUAAAUUAAAUGAUACAAAAAAUUCAAAUGAAAAUAAUAAGCUAACAAUAAUAACAGAUAAAAAAUCAUCAUCAACAUCAUCAACAUCGUCAUUGUCAUUGUCAUCAACAAGUAAUGUUAUGGAAAAAAUAAAUAAUGAAAAAGUAUAUUCAAGAAAAAUGAAUUGUUAUGAAAAAACACCAAGAAUAAUAGUAAAGCCAUCUUUUGAUGUUGAAAAAAAUUAUAAAUUUAUUGAAAAAAAUAAUUGUAUUGUUGUUGAUUCAAAUGAUAAACAAUUAUUUGAUAAAAAUCAUGCUUCAUAUGAUGUUAAAAAAAAUAAUUCACCAGUUGAAUCAUGUCAACAGUCAGAAGUAGCAUCAUCACGUAAAAGUUCAAAGAGUUGUUGCAAUUCAAUUUACGAAAAAAGUAGUCGUGAAAAAUUGUAUGAAAAACAUUUUCGUGAUGCUGAUAAAAUAAUGAGUAUUGAUAGUGACAAUGAAGAAGAAAUAAAGUCUAAAAAGUGUAAUAAAUUAUUGAUAAAUGAUAGAAUAUCAAGAGCUGAUGAAUUUAAAUUAUCACAGAGAAAAAAUGACAAUGAUAUUUAUCAAAAAGACUGGAGAAAAGAUAAAAAAAGAUACAGAACUGGCAGUGAGCCACCACUUGGUACAACUGAAAAAAUAAAUAAGCUAUCAAAUAAUAAUGUCAAAUUAAAAAGAUCACAAAGUGAGCUUGAAAUUGAAAGAGGUGAUUUGAUGACAAGAGUUGAGCUACCAAGAAGAAGUAGUUUUCUUAAACCAGGCAACAACACAAGACUACAAAAUAAUGUAAAUGGUGGAAGAACACCACUUGGAUUUACUGAAUUAUUUGAUGAAUUUAAAAAUCAAGAAGGACUAACAAGUGUUGAUGAUAUUUUAGCAACAAUUAUUGAUCCAGAAGGUAUGUCAUUCAAUGAUCUCAAGCCACUUUACAAAGAAUUUUUAUUAAAACUUGCAUCGACAUUAACACAAGAUGAGCUGUAUCAACGUUCAGCAAAUAUUAUGAAAAAAAGAAAGAGACCACAACGUAGAAGAUCAACAAGAAAAGCAUCAUUUAUUGGUCGUGCAAUAAAACGUUCUGUUUCGAAAUUUAAAAAUGGACCAACUGAAUUUACAUCUGUUAUGAUACCAGCUAAAAAAUUUAAUGGAAGUUUAGAUAGUCAUUCAUCUGGUGAUGCUAAAUAUAAUAAUAAAAAUAGAGUAUUAGCUAGUAGAUUAAGUAGAAGACGAAUGUCAUGGAGAAGAUCAAAAGGACCAACAACAUCAGAAGACAGUGAUACAUGUAAACGUAUUUCAAUGAGUACUGGAGCUGGUGCUAAUCGUAGCAGUAGUGGUUAUGUCAGUUGUAGUGAAUGUAGCUAUGAUUCUGAAUCAUGUACAUGUAUAUCAGCUGAUAAAUGUUAUUGUUCAUUGCCAAGAAGAUCAUCAAUUGAUACAGCUAAACCAAUUGUUUAUGGUUGUGAUACUGAUAGUUGUUCAGAUAGUAAUAAAUGUUAUUGUAUGCAUCAACCACAUCAACAACAACAACUGCAUCAUCAACAUCAUCAACAGCAACAACAACAACAACAUCAUCAUCAACGACGACGACAACAACAGCCAACAAUACUGGAACAGCUGAGACAACGUGGAAUUGUACCUUGUGAUGGAACUCUCAGUAGAGCUGGUAGUCCUGAUAGAAAUAAAAAUAAAAAAUCAUAUAAAAAUCAAUCAUCAACAUCAUCAAAAAGUUUAGAAACAAAAAAAGCUAAUUCAUCAAAUAAAAAAAAUAAAAAAGAUAAUCUUGCUUUGGAUUAUGAUUUAUUUAGUCUUGGUAAAAGAUCUGGUCAUUCAUCUGGAAGUGAAAAAGUACUUGUUGUUAGUGCAAGAGAUCAACAGGGUCGUUUGGUUUAUGUUGGUGGUACUGAGAGACAAAAAAAAUCAUUAACAAGAGGUAUGGUUGGAGCUAGAGCACAUCAUGAAGCAUUGUCAAUUAAAAAAAGUGCUGAAAUUGCUGCUGUAUUUGGACCUUCAUCAGCUAGAGAAUGCAAAAGAACUGGUAGCUUUGCAAGUGUUAAAAGUUCAAUCAGUUUAGAAGCUGGUCUAGGCUAUUUACCUUAAAUAUAUUUUUAAUAUGUUGAUAAUAUUUUUAAAAAACUAUUGUACCUGUGAAUUCAUUUUAAAUAAUGAAAAUUAA